AAAUAAAACAUGGAAAAGAAAAAUGCAACAUUGCUGACAGAGUUUAUUCUCACGGGACUUACCUAUCAACCAGAGUGGAAAAUCCCCCUCUUCCUGGUGUUCUUGGUCAUAUAUCUCAUCACCAUGGUGGGAAACCUUGGACUGAUUGCCCUCAUCUGCUAUGACCCUCACCUUCACAUCCCUAUGUACUUAUUUCUUGGGAAUUUAGCAUUUGUGGAUACUUGGAUGUCAUCCACAGUGACCCCAAAGAUUCUGGUCAACUUCUUAGCAAAGAGUAAGAUCAUAUCUCUCUCUGAAUGCAUGAUACAAUUUUUCUCCUUUGCAAUCGCUGUAAGCACAGAAUGUUUCCUCCUGGCAGCAAUGGCAUAUGAUCGCUAUGUAGCCAUAUGCAGACCCUUACUUUAUCCGGUGAUUAUGACCAACAGACUAUGCACGCGAUUGUUAGUCUUGUCAUUUGUGGGUGGCCUUUCUAAUGCUUUCCUUCAUGAAGGGCUUGUA